GGGAGGCGCCAUGGUCUUCUUCCUCUCGGUCAUGGCCUAUGACCGCCUUGUUGCCAUCUCUCGGCCCCUCCACUAUGUCACCAUCAUGAACAGUCAGCACUGCAUGGGGCUGGUGGUGACAGCCUGGAUGGUAGGUUUUGUGCAUUCCAUUGCCCAACUGGUUCUGAUGCUCCCAUUGCCUUUCUGUGGCCCCAACAUCCUGGAUAACUUCUACUGUGACGUCCCACAAGUGCUGAGACUUGCCUGCACUGACAUCUCCCUCCUGGAGUUUCUCAUGAUCUCCAACAGUGGAAUGCUGGAUGUUGUCUGGUUCUUUCUCCUCCUGACCUCCUACUUAGUCAUCCUGGUGAUGCUGAGGUCCCACUCUGGGCAGGCGAGGAGGAAGGUGGCUUCCACCUGCACCACCCACAUCAUCGUCAUGUCUAUGGUUUUCAUUCCAAGCAUUUACCUCUAUGCCCGGCCCUUCACCCCCUUCUCCAUGGACAAGGCUGUGUCCAUCAGCCACACGGUCAUGACCCCCAUGCUCAACCCCAUGAUCUACACCCUGAGGAACCAGGAGGUGCAGGCAGCAGUGAGGAGACUAGGGAGGCGCCAGCUGGUUUGUAAAAGGGAGCAACAAUGAGUAGGUCAUUUCUCCUUGGCUUUGUUUUCCAUUUGUAGAAUGGAGGGAAAGCUACUGUAUUGGCUGACUUCAUAGUUUGUGGGUAUGUUGUGGAGGUCAUCAUAGAAGUGACUGAGUUUCGAAACUAAGCAACUGACUCAGAUUUUUAGGAAAAGGGAAAAAGUCCUCUCUGGUGGCUAAGGUUUAUGCUGAAGUUCUAAAACUCCUGCUACAAUGAGAAGUGUUCUCAUGGCUCCAGAAAGCCACACCCUUCUUUUCCUCUUCUUGGUGGAUAGUUUAUUCUUAUGAGGAGGCUAUUUCCCCAGGGAAAGCAGUUCUAGUUUAGGUAUUUUCCCAGCCACUUUUGGUCGGUGUCCAGAGUGUUAGAGAAAGCACAGGCCUUGAAGCCUUAGCCCUAAAUUGAGAGCCCCUGACCCAUUUGUUCCCAGACUGGUGACCUGGAGCAGCUACCUGGCCUCUCUUGAAUGUAUGGAUUCUUCCUCCCCACACUGGCAUAGUCCCAAUAAUCUCACAGAUUUGUUAUAAGAUUCCAAAACAUGUAGAAGAAUAUUUUAUAAACCUUACAUAGAACCUAGGCAAGGAUUAUUGUCAUUCUUCUCCCUGACAUUUCUCCUCUCAUCAGAUGUGUAGUGCUUUGGAGGGGUUUGGCGGCAAUCCCUCAGUGUAGUGAGGGAGGCCUGGAGGGGGUGGGGGCUGAGCUCCAGAGGGCCAUGCAACAUGCCCAAGAGUGAAACAGAGAACAGAGGGUGAGCAUAAAUUCAGGGGCAUGUCUGCAAGAAAAUAUUCUUAUUUUCAUUUGUGAUGGAUGAUUUGAGCUCUUAUGACAAUAAGAUGUAGUCUCAUGGAAGCAUUCUGGAAAGCUACACUCUCAUUUCUGCCUUCUUGGUGGACAGUUUCCCAUUAUGAUGAUACCAUUUCUCCAUAAGAGCUAUCUAUUGUCUGUGUUUUGACCUCUUUUUCCAAUACUCUGUUUUGGUGUGAGUCUGGAUUGUUGGAAACAGCACAAGAUUUAAAAGUUAAUCUUUAAACCUAUCACUUACCAAACUGAUGAUGACCUGGGGAUGAUUCACUUGGCCUCAUGACUUCUUCUUCAAUAAACUUGCUUAAAUUAAUAUCUGACCUCCGAACUCCACAUUUAUUAUAAGAAUCAAAUAAAAAAAUCAUGUGAGAUAACAUUGGGUAAACCAUGUAACUAUUUUCUUCCAGCCUUUUUUGAUGCUUUUAUUUUAUCUUCAAAUUUGAAAAUGUCAUCAAUGUU